UCCUCCUCCCCCGUCUCCUACUCCAAAUUUCCUCACCGGUCCUCCUCACUCUGAUCCUGCCAUGUCAGCUAGCCUCGCUGGACCCCACCUUCUCUUCACCUGAACCACCACCACCACUCUCCUCCUCCUCCUUCUUUCUCCAAUAAAACCAAACCAUGGCCAGCAACGCCAAGGAAGAGCCCAAAACCGCCCCGCAUCCCGAUCGCUGGUACAACCUAACCCUAGGCCCCUCCUUCAAAGACGACUCCUCCAGCAAAUUCUGCACCCUCCGAUAUGAAUUCAAGCCGGCGUCGAUUGACAAGACGAAGCCGGGGUCGCUGAAGAAGACCAAGGACAAUAGGGUCACGGUGGAGUUUCAGAACAACCAAUUGGGGAAGCCCAAUGUGUUGUUUAAAGGGAACAGUGAGGAUUAUAAAGACAACGACGCCGUUUUGUUCUUCGACGGCCAGACUUUCCGGCUGGAGAGGCUUCACAGGGCGGUCAAGCAGCUCCGCCAUGACCGCCAGCCUGGAGAAUCCGCCGGGAUUCCUCUCGACCCGCAGCUGUCCCCGCCGGCUGCCAAGGUCGCCAAGACAAUGCAUCCUUCUAGGAAUUCAUUCCCUGCCGUGCCGGUUGAGGUGGAAAGAAUUGAUAUUGGCGUACCUGAUAAUUCAGGUACAAAAUCUGUAAGUAAAGCUGGGCCAGACCCAUUUGAUCAACCAAAUGUCUCGGCUCCUUCGCCAGACCCCAAGGAUGAUGAAGUUGAGGAACAUCAAGACAUAGAUAUUGAAGAACUUUUUGGUGUUGCAUCACCUGAAGAUGAGAAUGCCACUGCUGAAGAUAAAUCCAAUGCUGGGUUUGACAUUAAUAUGCCUCAUCAAAACGAGAUUGAUGAUGAGGAGAUUGCUGAUGUAGAUGUUAGUGGAGAUGAAGUUGAUAAGGGCCCAAAUGCUGCAGAAGCCCUUCGAGCUCAGGUGAAUGCAGAGGAGAGUCAUAAGCAGACCUCUUCUUCUAGUAGUAGCAGCGGAAGUGGUAGCGCAACCAGCAGUGGAAGUGGUAGCGCAACCAGCAGCAGCAGCAGUGGCAGUGAAGCCAGUGAUGAUGAUUCGGCAGUCAACUCAAUUUGAUGCACUGGACAGUUGCAGCUGUACUCUUUCACAAGGCUCCCAGAGAAUCCCCAAAUCGCCAGGGGAGUUGCCCAUAAACCUAUAAAAGCGAAAGAAAAUAUAUACAUCCUGUAAUUUUGUGACAUUGUAUUAGCCUUAAUUUAUAAAGCUCCCCUGUAUGAAUUGAAACAUUGUUUUGAGAUAGUUAACAACAGUUGAAUGAUAAUGUUUUGAUGCAUCGAA